AUGUCUGUGCUGAGGGCCAAUGUCACUGCCAGUCUGCAGUAUCAAGCGUCCCAUGAGCUAAUGCUGUUUGGCAUGUUGUCUGUGGGCACAAGUUGCUCUUUCCUCUACAUUAACAGCGUCCUGCUGUUCACUCUGAGGAACAAGCAAGUGUUUUGUGAGACGUCCCGUUACAUUCUGCUGUUCAACCUGCUGUUUGCUGACACUGCUCACCUGGUGUCAAACAUCCUGCUUUACCUUCUGGCUUCGUUACGGGUAAAACUUACGUAUUAUGCAUGUAGUGCCCUCGUUCUGUUCUCAGUUUUGACGGCCACCAUCUCGCCUUUCACCCUGGCUGUGAUGUCACUUGAGAGAUUUGUGGCUGUGUGCUAUCCGCUCAGGCACGCUACCAUCUUUACCAUGAGAAGCACGGGCAUGGCCAUUGCUCUGGUGUGGACCUUCAGUUUUAUCCACAUCCUCAUUCGAGUUUCUGUGUUGUUGUAUUUGUUCACAAAAAUCUCCCUAAAUCUGAACAUGAAUGACUUUUGCUCUAAAGAAGCUGUUUUUUUCGGAGCAAUCUUUGACGAUUUUGAGGACGUGUUUGCCAGCACUCUCUUCCUGUCUGUGGGUGUAGUAAUCGUGGCCUCCUACGUCGGUGUUUCGCUGGUAGCCAGGUCGGCCUCCACAGACAAAGCCUCAGCUAGAAAGGCUCUUCAAACGCUUCUGCUGCACCUGAUUCAGCUGAGCCUGAUUCUCACCUCCACAAUGUACACCACCAUUAUUGUGGCCAUCGCCAGGACUGUGGACAGAUUAGCCCUUAUACGGAUUUACAAUGUUUGCUUUGUGUGCUUGAGCAUCCUCCCAAGAUGUCUGAGCUCUCUCAUUUAUGGCAUAAGAGAUCAGACCAUCAGACCCAUCCUCAUGUACCACCUCUGCUGUCGACUGAAACGCUCCGUCGUUCCAGCAAAGGCUGAGAAGUAA